AUGUUGUCUAUAUCUGACCUAGCUAAAGAUCUGGCCCUAUUAGCUUCUGCUCGCCCUCCUGGCCGAAAGAAGGCAAAGACGUCCAGUCUAGUUAAUGGCCUUCAACCUGGCUGGGUUGGACGCGCAGUUUCUGGAGAGAAAGAUACCGAGAAUGGAGAGAAGGGUAACACGCAGACACAGGAGAAGAUGAUGCGUUGCUCGACUCCUCCUAUCGUUGGCCAAAAAGAUGAACCUGCGUUAAGCAAGUCGGAGACGUUGGCUCUACUCACCAAUGCUAGUGGACGCGAAGCGCAUAUAGCGAAGCCCUCGGACUUUUCUUCUCUAUUCACUGAGCAUCUCAACCAGUUGAAGUCUAAGAAGGUCAGCAAUAAGCCCCGCAAGAAGCAUAUUCGGACUGCACCGCAUCAUGCUUGGGCGAAGCCUAGCCCUGUUUCACCUACGAAUACUGCCACCGGGAUCCUCCUCGACUUACCUUUCCCAGCCCCGAAUAUCAAGCUCCCCACACCGCCUUCCUCUCCAGAUAUGGAAGACAGUGGAAGCAGCCGUGUGCGCUCACGGACCAGCUCUGACAGUAGUGUCGAUCCGUAUAUCGACACUCGGAAGUACAUCAUUCCUGAUAUCAUUCCUGAUGGCGCUUUUACGGGAUUCGUCAACAGUAUCGUGGACCAGCACCACGAAAAGCAAGCUCAAAAGGCGGAAGAAGCUGGAAAGAUUUCUGCGCUCGAAGCAAGUUGCGAAGCACUCUCGAAUGAAGUACAGGCCCUCCGAACUAGCGAAGCUUGGUGGAAGACCGAAGUCCAGGACCUUCAGCAGAAGCAAGAAGACGCGAAGCUCAAGGAAGCCGAGAAGAUUGCCGCUCUGGGAGCUGCUCGGGACGUACUGUUCAAGCAACUCCAGGCCCUUCGCCAGGAGCAAGACAAUGCAGCACUCAAAGAAGCUGAAAAGGUCGCCGCCAUUGAAGCUACUCGAGACGCGCUGUUGAAGGAAUUUCAAGAUUUUCAAGCUAACGAGACUGAUCUGAAGGAUCAAAUCGGCGAGCUGACUUCUGAACUCGGCGACUGGAAGGGCUAUCUCGACAUAGCAAACAAAGACCUCCAGGACGCCGAAGCAGAAGCUGAGACUAAAGCCACCGAGACCACCGCGCGGAUUGUGAAGCUCAACAAUAGGCAUAUCAAAGAGAAGAAGGCCUUAAAGGAUCAAGUCAAACAGUUGAAAGAGAGUGUCAAGGACAUGGAAAAGCUCAAGGACAUGGAAAAGCUCAAGGACACUGUGAACGACCUUGAACAUGAGCUUCGCGACGCACAGCGAGAGGCCGCACUCGGUUAUGAUUUGAACAACAAGAGUCAAGUCAUGAUCAUUCGCAAAGCGAAGAAGGAAGCUGAGCUUCGCAAGGAGCUUGUAAAGCAAACCACCAAAGCCGCUCAGGAUCUUAAAACGGAGAAAGACCGGAACUCCCGCCUUGAGCAGGACCUUCAACUCAUCAAUUACCAACUUUCCUUCGGCGACACGGAAGUUGCAGUUCAGCAAGCAUUCCAAGCCCUCCAGUCACAGUUAAAUGAUGCUAAUCAAAAGAGCGCGGAGCUCGAGGCCGAGCUCAAGAAAAGCCAAAAGGAGUUCAGGCAGCUUUACUACGAACACCGCUCCUACCACGACAACCUCAAGAAACACAAAGGAAUUGCCCAGAGGUACGAGAAGGAGAGGAAUGAGUAUUUCGUCGCUAUGAAGAAGUCCCAGCGCAACGAGUCCAUCCUGACCGAGAGGACGAGGAACUACCGUCUUUUGGCCAGCCGCGCUCACUGCCGCGCCAACAAGAUCGAAGAACUGUACACUGGCCUCAUGAUUGACCAGACGGAGGGGAUCUGUGAGGGUAUUGUUUCUCUUUUCGAGAACUCCGACGAAGUCUCCGAGGAGGCGGAGGCCGAGAUGCGCAGGCUGGUGGAGAUUAUGGAUAAGCAGACGAGCGCAAUCAACCACCUUCGACUUGCUGUUCGAACUAGUGAAGAGCGAAACCAUGCUCUUUGUAUUGAGCUUGAUAUCAAGAACAACGAUUUGAUCAAGAUGGAAGAGCAGAUGAAGGACAAAAACACGUAUAUCGAGCGCAUUAGGGCCAAGAAGAGGGCCUUGAAAGCAGAUCUUCUUAAGCUCGAAAUGGAAGAAACGACGUACGAGAAGCUCGCUAGCAAGAGAGCUGGUGAGGUUGUCAUCGCCGUGCAGCAACGGGAUGGAUUCGAGAAUAAGCGCGAUGAACUACAAGCAGCCUACGACGGCCUUCUCAACGCCAUGGCCAAAGCGACAGUGUAUCGAGGCCUACCGCUACAUAUCCACAACCCUCAGCGGGUUAUUGGUCAGCUGCGCACGAAGUUGGCACGACUCAGCCAGCUUCAAGACGCAGAGGACACUUUCAAUGCGCAAGUUCACGUAUUUCAGGGAGAGAAUGCGAAGUUACAGCACCAGGUCGCAGUUCUGGAAGGGAAACUCAAUGGAUGCGUUACCACCAUCAAAAUGCUCGAGCAGAAUCGAGAUGCUGUCCUCGAAGUGGCUCUCGCAGAUGUUGAGAGGUACAAGGAUAUGCUCGGCAAGCAGGUGGAGCGCCAGGACCGCGACUUCAAGCUCGUUUACGACGAGCAGACCGAGCGUUUUGCGCAGCAGAAUCAAGGGAUCGGGAAUUGGACCAAUCUUAACAAGAAGGCUGAUUUUCCGAAGGAGUGCUGGGAGGGAGGCCACGUACAGGCGGAGCGGGAGGACUUCACCAAGGAGAUAUACGGCUAUGAGCCGGUGAAGUGGGUCAACCCGACCUUCGAAGUCGACUCGGAGGAGGAGAUCGUGGGGAGGCAGCGAGCCCAGACUGUCGAAGAAUUCAAGGCCGUGAACAAGAGGGCGAAAGCAGAGAAAGCGCGGAUGUACGACACGAACGUCAGGGCAGAGGUGCAGAGAUUGGAGGAUGUUGAAGGAUGCUGGAAUGGCAAGUUCUAUGGCCCGGUGGAGGAGACGGAGGCUUAA